AUGGACGCGUGUCAUGUAUUGUUGGGUCGACCUUGGCAGUAUGAUCGCAGUGUCAUUCAUGAUGGACGGAAGAAUACUUAUUCCCUUAACAUCAAGGGAAAAAAGAUUGUGUUGGUGCCCCGGCGGGAAGGACUCACUCCUACCCCUAUAGCCAAUAAUACUAACCUGCUUUCUAUGUCCAGGUUUUUAGAUGAGAUUGAGCAUGAAGGCGUGGUCUAUGCUUUACUACAUUGCGAGAAUAGUGCAGUAGACGUGGAUACAGAUUUACCAGUAGAGGUGCAGCGACUACUAGCAGAAUUUUCUGACUUGAUGCCAGAGGAUCUUCCUCCUGGGCUAUUGCCUAUAAGGGAUAUUCAGCAUCAAAUUGACCUUAUUCUUGGGUCAAAUAUUCCAAAUCGACUAGCAUAUCGCCUCAGUCCCAAGGAGGCUGAAGAGUUGCAGCGACAAGUGGUAGAGUUGUUGGAGAGGGCUAUAUCCGAGAGAAUAUGA